CUGGGAUUGCUGGGGGCCCAAUGGAGCGGGGAAAACCACGUCUGUACUGAUGUUGGCCGGGGAACUGAAACCUACAGCCGGGGAGGUGAUUCUGUGUGGUGCAGGUGAGGACAGCACUGCCUUCAUGGGGUUCUGCCCGCAGUUUAGCCCCCUGUGGCCCACUCUCACCGUGAAGGAGCAUCUGGAGAUCUACGCCGCAGUGAAGGGCAUGAAGAAAGACGACGCGGACCAGGCCAUAAAGAGGGUGUCAGAGGCGCUGGAACUGAAGCUGCAUCUAAAUAAACCUGCCAAGAAACUGUCUGCCGGGGUCUCCAGAAAAGUUUGCUUCGCCAUCAGCAUGCUGGGUAACCCGACCGUCGCCCUCCUGGAUGAACCGUCCACCGGUCUGGAUCCAAAAGGGCAGCAGAGACUGUGGAGAGCCAUCCGAGCAGCUUUCCGGAACAAGGAGCGAGGAGCCAUCCUGACCACGCACUACAUGGAGGAGGCAGAAGCCGUGUGUGACCGCGUCGCCAUUAUGGUGUCCGGGAAGCUCAGGUGCAUUGGGUCCAUCCAGCAGCUGAAGAGUAAGUUUGGUAAAGGUUACCUCCUGGAGAUGAAGGUGAAGGAUUCCCAGCGGGCAGAUGAGAUUCACCAGGAGGUCGUCCGGAUGUUCCCACAGGCAGACAGGCAGGACAGGUUCUCCUCGCUGCUGGUCUACAAGAUCCCUAUGGAGAACGUGCAGUCCUUAUCUCAGGCUUUCUCUCAGCUGGAGGAAGCGAAGCGAGCCCAUGACAUUGAGGAGUACAGCUUCUCCCAGUCCACCCUGGAGCAGGUUUUCCUUGAGUUGGCCAAAGAGCAGGAGAAAGAGGACUGUGACCAGGACGCCAUGUUCAAAUGGAGGCCCCUGAAGACGGAGAGCGCCUGACAAGCAGUCAGGGCAUGCUGAGACUAGUAGUGUCUCCCCAACCAAAGGGCCGGAGGGUUCUGCGUGGCCUUAUACACAACGAGGGGCGAGUAAAGGGUUAAUGAGCUCCUAGUUUCUUAUACUACUAUAUAAUGGACAAUGUGCAUCGGAACGUUUAUUGCAAUAUCACCGACUGUUACAUUGUAUGUUCUUCUUAUCUCUCCCAAUUAUAUCUAUGUCCUCA